AUGUCUCGGGGAAGACACCUCUGGAAUUUCCGUUGCAGUAAGAAGCAUUCUCGUUCCACCAGGGCCGAGCUGCAGCUCCUCGUGAGCCGCGUGGACCGCCUUCUGCGAGAGGGUCAGUUUGCCAACCGCCUGAGCUCAGAAACGCCCAUGUUCCUGGCUGGCAUCCUUCUGUACCUGACAGCUAACAUCCUGAACCUGGCAGGGAAGGAGGCCAGAGCCAACCACAGGAUAUGCAUCACCCCGGAACACGUGCAGAGGGCGCUGAUCAAGAAUGAAAUUCUCUGCCGCCUCUUCGAGCCCAACGCCUUCACUAGGACCACAGCUGCACCAACCCCUCGCAAGAAGAAGUAG